CUGGCCAGGCGAUAACAUAUGUCAGGAGCGUAUAUAUUCGCAACGGAUUCUCUCCACGUGUCAGUUCCCCACGAUCCGCGUACCCAGACAAGAUGAGCUAUAAAGUCCAGCCGAGCGGCUUCGCCACCAAAUCCAUCCAUUCGGGCCAGAGCCCAGAGCAAUGGAAGAGUGCCUCCGUGAUUCCGCAGAUAUCGUUGAGUACGACCUUCAAGCAGGAUGCCCCGGGCGAGCACAGAGGCUAUGAGUACUCUCGUAGCGGGAAUCCCACUAGGACUGUGUUGGAGACGUGCUUCGCCGCGUUAGACAACGCCAAGUACGGCCUUACCUUCUCGUCGGGACUAGGAGCCACCACCGCUGUAUUGACCAUGCUGAGCAGCGGCGAUCACAUCAUCAUGGGCGACGAUGUCUAUGGAGGAACCAACCGCUUGAUCCGUCAGGUGGCCACCCGUCUAGGAAUCACUGCUUCCUUUGUGGAUCCCACCAAAUUGGAUGUUAUUAAGGCUUCCAUCAAGCCGGAGACCAAGCUGGUAUGGAUCGAGUCGCCCACAAAUCCCUUAAUCAAGGUGGCCGACAUUGAGGCCAUUGCCAAGCUCGUCCACGGAGUUCGCGAGGAUCUGAUCCUGGCGGUAGACAACACCUUCCUCACCUCCUACUUCCAACGUCCCCUGGAGUUGGGCGCUGAUCUGGUCUGCUAUUCCCUGACCAAGUACAUGAACGGUCACACAGAUGUGGUCAUGGGCGGCAUCACAAUGAACUCGGAGAAGCUGUAUAACAGCUUGAAGUUCCUGCAGAACGCUGUUGGCAUUGUGCCCUCUCCAUUCGAUUGCUACCAGGUUAACAGGAGUCUGAAGACUCUUUCCCUGCGCAUGGAACAGCACCAGAAGAACUCUCUUAAAAUUGCCAAGUUCUUGGAGAGCCACCCUUUCGUUGAGAAGGUUCUGCAUCCGUCUUUGCCAUCCCAUCCCCAGCACCAGAUCGCUUUAAAGCAGACCUACGGAUACAGCGGUGUAUUCUCCUUCUACAUCAAGGGUGAACUGCAGCACUCCUCGGCGUUCCUGAAGGCACUCAAGGUGUUCACCCUGGCUGAGAGCUUGGGCGGAUACGAGAGCCUUGCUGAGCUUCCGUCCGUGAUGACCCAUGCCUCUGUUCCUGCGGAGGAUAGGAAGACCCUGGGGAUCACUGACGGUCUGGUUCGUCUGUCUGUUGGUCUCGAGGAUGCAGAGGAUUUGAUCAAGGAUCUAGAGCAGGCCCUCGACAUUGCCUCAAAGGCCUAAGUCGUUCACAUCACAUGUAUUUUCUCAGGAUUAUCUAAGAUCGGAAUUUUAUGAAUUUGUAUAUUUACCCACCCAAUAAAAGUGUUUUGUCUCAAA